AACAAGAAAAGAAACAUUACAAAAACAAAUUGAACGCAUCGACAUCGAAGAAGAGAAAUUGCAUCGAAAAUGCAUUAAAAAAAAAAAAAUUUUUGUGUGAUAGAAUUUCGUACAAACAACAAUUUAUUAGCUUUUAGCUUGUUUCAAAAUUAUUAGUGUAAAUUUGAUAAAAAAUGUUGUUAAUUAAAAAAAUUUUGGAUCCCUCGCUUUAUUUAGUCGUACAUAAAAGCAAUAAAAACCAAAUGUUAAAACCUUGUGAGUACGUGACCAACACCAAAUAUUGAUAAACUUUCUUAAUGACCAAGCGUAGCAGGAGUUACUCUGAGCCUUGUCAUUGCAUAAUUAAAGCAAAUUGGGUUACCUUAAAGCGCAAAAAAGCAAAACAAACAACGAUUUCUUCUCACUUCGAGUUAUAAAAUAUAUCAGUGCUAUCACUACUACAACAAUAUAUACUACUACUCUAAUAAUAGAUUUAACUACCAUCAUAAAAGCGAAAACUAGCCUAAAACAUCUGUUAAAAAUACAGAUAGAUUGCUCCUUCGUGAAAUAUGGAUUUCGAUCAAAUUCUUGCCAAAUGUGGUGACUGGAAUAGGUACCAGCUUAUGAUACUAAGCCUCUUUGGGUUAAUCAACAUUAUUGUGUCAAUGCAUUAUUUUACACAAACUGUUAUAAGCUUUGUACCAGAUCAUUGGUGCUAUCAUGAAAAAUUAGAGAACAAGACCUAUGAGGAAAUAGCUGCAAUUUAUUCAAAAGCUAAGCGUCCAUUUUGCACACGGUUACAGGAUAUUAAUGGAGCUAAUAUUACGUAUAGCAAGGAGAAAUGUGAGCGCUGGAUUUAUAAAUACGAUUAUGGCUAUAAAAGUAUGAAUACAGAGUUGAAUUGGGUUUGUGAAUCGGCGUACAAGGCUCGUGUCGGCCAGUCUUUGUUUUUUAUUGGAUCUGUUGUAGGUACGCUUUUCUAUGGUUUGCUUUCCGAUAAAAUUGGACGUUUGCCGGCAUUGAUAUUAUCUAAUUUAUCUGGUUUCAUUGGAGAUUUUUCUACAAUAUUUACUAAAAGUGUCACCACUUUCACAUUAUGUCGCUUCGUUUCUGGUUUAGCAGCGGACACCAAUUUUUACUUGAUGUAUAUUAUAGUGCUUGAAUACAUGCGACCUUCUAUGCGGACACUAGGCAUUAAUAUGGUAGUUGGGAUUUUUUAUUGCGUUGGUCUAGUAUUCACGCCUUGGUUGGCUGUUUUAGUUGGUCAUUGGCAAUACUAUUUAACGUGUACUUCACUACCAAUACUCUUUAUUGCCAUGUAUUAUUUUAUGGUGCAAGAGAGUGCACAAUGGCUAGUUACACGUCAUGAUAUAGAUGGCGCUAUUAAACGUUUGAAACGUGUUGCCAAAUUUAAUGGUCGCAUUGUCAAAGAUGAAGAAUUUGAAGAAUUUCGCAAGCAUUGCGAAAAACAACAACAAAAGAAGGAAGGAGAGGUGCAGAAGCAUGCUAAUUUAAUCGACAUGUUCCGAACUCCAAGAAUGCGUAAACAUACAUUGAUAUUAUUUUUUAAGUCAAUGGUUAUAACGCUUUGCUAUGAUGUUGUAUCGCGUAAUGUGGAAGGCAUGGGUGUGUCACCGUUUGUGAUGUUCUCGCUCAGUGCAUGUUCAGUGUUACCUGCCAGUGUGCUACUUAUACUCUUACAAGAUCGCAUUGGUCGUAAAGGUAUGGCUGCAGGGUCUCUACUAGUAGGUGGAUUCUUUACAGCUGCCGCCGGUAUUGCUAUAGCGUACGAACAGCAUUCACAUAAUGCCAUACUUUUAGCAUCUUUAACCAUAGCUGCACGUUUUGGAGUUUCCAUUUCAUAUGAAUCGGGGUCACAAUACGCCACAGAGCUAAUACCUACGUGUGUACGUGGCCAAGGUGUGGCGGCAGUUCAUGUAGCGGGAUUCGCUGCUUCAUUUUUAGCACCUUACAUAUUGUAUUUGGGUCAUUUCUUUAAACCGGCGCCGUCAAUUAUUUUAGGAGUAUUAUUUUUCUGUGGCUCUUUUGUGUGCUUAUUGUUGCCGGAAACCUUAAAUAAAGCUUUGCCCUGUACAAUAGAAGAAGGUGAGGUAUUUGGUAAAGGUGAACGGAUAUUCAGCUUUCCAUGCUGUUCAAAGGAUGAUGAUGACGAAGCUGAUAGCGACACCAAAAUGGAAGCGUAUAAGAGAAAAGGUUCUUUGGCAAUAAUUGAAAAUUUCACUACAGAUUCCAACAGCAAUCGGUGCGAGAGCUGAGAAACCAACUGAAAUUGUUUUCGUAAUUUGCGGUUUAAGUUAGUUUAAUUUUGAUAAACUUAGUUAGGUAGUCUGCAUGCGAUAGACAGUCCGUAGGUAAUAUUUAGCUUAUAAAAGACUCAGGUGUUAAGUUGUUUGCUAGUCAAACAAAUAAAUAUUGAACUUGGCAGGUCCUCUUAUUUAGUACAUAAGUAGUUUUUAAGGAAUUUUAUUUAUAAAGUAUACUUUUAUACUUCACAUAAAACUUAUAUAUGUAUUUGUGUAUAUAUUGCACUAAUAGUACAUAAUAACAUAUUAAUUUAUAGAGAAUUGUUAAGCACUUGAUUUAUAUACGAUUUUACAGAAACCCUACU